CUAAUACGGAUCAGCAUGGUGUCAUCAGGUAGAGUGAUGAUUGGUGCAAUGACAGAAAAGGUCUCUUUCUCUCGAGCUCUCUCUUCAUCUCCAGCUCCUCUCAUGUCCUCAGGCUACAAGUUACUCUUCCCAGGUCAGGGCAGCCAGUACGUCGGCAUGACCAGUAGCCUUCCCUCCCCUCUCCCUCCAUCAAUCAAAGACCUCUUUCUGAAAUCAUCCGAUGUCCUUGGCUACGAUUUGAGGAAAUACUGCCUUCGUGGGCCUCAGGAAGUUCUCAGUAGAACCAUUUACUGUCAGCCUGCUGUUGUUGUUGGGUCCCUAGCUGCUUACCGGAUGCUUGACGAACAAAUUAGAAAUGAAGUUGCGGGAAUGGCUGGUUUCUCUGUUGGUGAGAUUACUGCUCUGAUAGCAGCCGAAUCGAUAUCACUAGAGCAAGGACUAUUAUUGGUUAGAGAGAGAGCUAGGGCUAUGAAUGAUGCCUGCUUGGAGAGACCCAGUGGUAUGCUCACGAUAAUCGGUCUGGAGGAAAAGGCACUGGAGGAGUGUGUCCUUUCUGCUUCUUCACAAACAAAAGAGCCGCUAUCAAUUGCAGGCCAUUUAUUCCAGCUUGGUUACACAGUGGGAGGUACAAUGGAAUCACUGAAAGCACUCAAAUCACUCGCAGUCAGUAAAGGAGCAAUGUCUAUUAAAAGCAUUGAUGUAUCUGGUGCUUUUCACUCUCCUCUCAUGCAUAGUGCAGUGGAGAAGGUGGAAGAGAUAUUAGAUACCAUUGACAUCUCUCUCCCUUCGGUACCUGUCUACUCAAACUUGAGUGGUGAUCAGUAUGGGAGUAUUAGUGAGAUAAAGCAUGGACUUUCGUGGCAUUUGGUUGAGCCUGUCCUCUGGCAUCAGACCAUGAAUCAGAUGAUUACCAUCUCUGGUGAAGAAGGCUUCAUAGAAGUUGGGCCAGGAAGACAACUGAAAGCUGUUUUAAGAAAAAUCAACAAAACUGCAUUUAAUAACUGCACCAAUGUUGAUGUAUGAUGAACCAUUAAUUAACAUAUAAUUUUAUUCACUGUAUGCAUAAAUAAUUAAAUUAAUUUACUAUAACGAUAUUCACAAUCAUCACAUGAUUGACUCCC